UCUCUGCCAUUCUCUCUAUUUCUCUGUUCCUUCGUUGGCCCAACCAGACUCCCCAUUGGAGUUUCUCCGCAGCUCUGAGAGCAUCUUCUGCGUGCCUACACUUCUUAAGCAUCUGACCGGCGCAGGGGCAUCGCUACUCGAUUUGAAAGGAAUUCUGGGAAUCACACCAAGGAGAUGGUAUUAGGAGGUUUUUUCUUUUUCUCAGCCUUUUGGCUUGGCUCUUGCUGUAGAGUAUUCGUGCGGCCUCUGGUCAAACCCUAUUUUUUUGGGGGUUGGGGGAAGUGAUUGGUACAGUGGUCUGAUUUCAUGGCCAAUACAUUCUCGUCUUCGUGUCGGUGGGGUUAUCUGUUCACAUGAUAACCAUGUUCUCAUUUUAAGUGGAGUUUUAGGCCCCAUGAAUGCCGGACAGGAAGAAGAGCGGUUUCAGUCGGAGAAGAUAAAUUAGCCGGAAGAAACAACGAAGAAAAGGAAGGUUAAGAAUUGGUUGGCUUGAGGAAAUUGUGAGACAGAUCCAUGGCCAUCGAGCAAUACUUCGCCCAUGACUGGAGAUCUGUAUCUGCUGCAGCAACUGAAGCUGAAAAUCUUAAUGAUAGCUUUGAAUGCAAUAUCUGCUUUGAUUCUGCAAGAGACCCAGUGGUCACUUUGUGUGGCCACCUCUAUUGUUGGCCAUGCGUCUACAAGUGGUUCCAUGUCCAGAGUGCCUCCCUCGCAUCUGAUGAGCACCCACAAUGCCCAGUUUGCAAAGCGGAAAUAUCUCACACUACCCUUGUCCCCCUCUAUGGUCGGGGCCAAACCCCAAGUGAAACUGAGCUAGAGGGCAAGACACACUGCUUUGGCAUGGCCAUACCCCCCAGACCGCCAGCUUGCGGAACCCAAGCGCUGAUAAAUGCUACAUCCCACAAUGGUCAGCAACUUCAAUACCGGAAUCCAUAUCAAAACCAGCAAUAUGAUCCUCAUCCAUAUAACGAUUAUGAACAUGACUCUCCAUCAUCAUUGUUCAACAUGGGAGGGAGCACAGCAACAAGUUUCUUCCAUCCGGUGGGCAUGUUUGGGGAAAUGGUUUAUGCCAGGGUGUUUGGCAAUUCAGAGAGCUUAUAUGCAUAUCCAAACUCAUAUCACCUAACAGGAAGCAGUACCCCCAGGUUGAGAAGGCAAGAGAUGCAAGCUGACAAGUCACUGAACAGAAUUUCAAUAUUCCUCUUCUGUUGCUUUCUUCUGUGCCUUGCCCUGUUUUAAUCAUAGUUAGGUGUACACCCUUGCCCUUUUUGUAUACUUUGUAAAUCGGUUAUGAAUCGUAAGCUUAUCAACUGGACUAUGCAUGGAACGCAUGGGGAAGAUGAGAUGAUAGAUGAAAAUAUUUUAAACCUCUUCUCUUACAAGUUA